AUGGAGGUCUUACAGGCAAAAACAAAAGCGUCAACAGACGAAGGAAGGCCGGAGGCGGAGGAGGCGAGCACGGCGUCACACGAUUGCAACGCCGCAGGAGAAUGGAAGAAGGUCUGCGCGGCUCCCUCGCAAGACGCGCCCGCAAAGGCUGGCAAAAAGACUUCUAGGAAGAAGAAAUUCGACAAAAACAGUCCCUCGGCGGUCACCUUUCGACUUGUCGCCGCCUCCUUCGCCGACCCUGCAACGCAGCAGUCUUCUCAAAACGCACAGAAAAUGGCCCUGCAGCGAGUCAUUCCACCCAACGCCCUCAAGAAGAAUCGCUUUCGAGACGUGCUGCCCAACGACCUCCUUCGCGUCCUCAGCCCUGAGCACUUUGGCAUUCACUCCAACCUCGACGAAGAGAAUCGACGCCUUUUGUGCGAUCAAGUAUACGGCGGCGACGAAGAGCUCCUGCAGGCCGCGCAGGAGGCGCUCGCCGCGAAGUCGAAGCAGAGCAGCAGUCGCGCGGGAGAGCGACAGCAGCACCAGCCUACGCUUGACGAACUGGACGAAGACUGCUACUUCCCGAAGGAUGGAUACGACUACUCCCAGCAUCUUGUCUCCCUCGGUGGCGGUGUUCUUGAUUGA